CAGGUCAAACACACACAUACAGGUCAAUCACACACACAUACAGGUCAAACACACACAUACAUGUCAAUCACACACACAUACAGGUCAAUCACACACAUACAGGUCAAACACACAUACAUGUCAAUCACACACACACAUACACAAAUACAGGUCAAACACACACAUACAUGUCAAUCACACACACACACACAUAUAGGUCAAUCACACACACACACACACACACACAUACAGGUCAAUCACACACACAUACAGGUCAAUCACACACACAUACAGGUCAAUCACACACACAUAAUACAGGUCAAUCACACACAUACACACAUAUACAGGUCAAUCACACACACACAUACUCACACAUACAGUUCAAUCACACACAUACAUACACAUGCAGGUCAAUCACACACACAUACAGGUCAAACACACACAUACAUGUCAAUCACACACAUGCACACACAUACAGGUCAAUCACACACACACACACAGGUCAAUCACAUACACACAAGUCAAUCACACACAUACACACACAUACAGGUCAAUCUCGCACACACACACAUAGAGGUCAAUCACACACACAUACACACACAUACAGGUCAAUCACACACAUACACACACAUACAGGUCAAUCAUACACACACAAGUCAAUCACACACAUACAGAUCAAUCACACACACACACACAUACAGGUCAAUCACACACACAUACAGGUCAAUCACACACACAUAGAGGUCAAUCACACACAUACACACAAAUUCAGAUCAAUCACAUACACCAACACACACACACACACACACACACACACACACACACACACACACACAUACAGGUCAAUCACACACAUACACACACAUACAGGUCAAUCACACACACACACACACACACACACACACACACACACACACAUACAGGUCAAUCACACACAUACUGUACACACACACAUACAGGUCAAUCACACACAUACACACACACAUACAGGUCAAUCACACACACACACAUACAGGUCAAUCUACACGCUACUGAGUUUUGUAUUUUUGUAUGCACAUCUUUUGGGGAGUGUCAUUUUGUGCAAAGAGAGUUAAAGCAAUGUUUACUGCUUUUAAAGGUAUGUUUCUAAGCACUUUAUUUUGUAUAAACACCCGCUAUGUUCGGAAAAGUUGCUGUUAAAUCUGACGAACGCUACCUUCAAAUACAAACCCCUUUAAGACUGAACACUUAAUGUCACGUGACUCAAAUGUUUUUAAGUGCAGAAUUAAUUUGCUUACGCAGAAUGUUCAUUUGUUCUGUUGUGAAGAACGAAAAAAAAACAGUUUCUAUUUGCACAUAUUCUAAACUAGGCCUGAAGCAAUAUGCCUACAAUAAAUCCAAUAACGCACUGCUGAGAUUGACUCCUAAUUUUGAAUCAUUAGGUACGAAGACGUAAAACUCGACCUGAUUCAAAAGUCAAGUUGAAAUUAUAUUUACCUCUUUAUAGUAUUAAAAAAUGCCUAAUAAUAUAAAAAAGUUAAUAUUUUCAUGAAUUACUUUUAAUGGAGUGAUUGGGUCAGUGAAGAUAUAUUGUUUCAGGCCUUUUCUGAAUCAGUAAAUAAAGCUACUGCUGUUGCUAACUUAAUUCUGAAAUAUUUCUGUUCACUUUAAUGUCGAAUUUAAUUCUUUGCUUUAUUUAAGCAUGGAUUAAGUGACUAAUUUAAUAUUUAAUUUUGUACAUCAUGCUGUAAUCAAUGUAUUUGCCACUGUCACUUUGUUUCCUGCAGAAUAUAAGAUGAAUUUUGUGUACUACAUUGCGUAAUAAACAGAUUUUGGCUCACA